UGAAUUUCAAUAUGGGGAAGAAAAAAAAAGACUACUCUCUCCUCUUUUUAUAGUCAGUAGACUCGCCUCAAAAAUUCAGAAAUGCUUUUGCUUAAUUAACCUCAAAACAUGGCUUCCUUUGUCUUCUUCACCUUCUUUCCUGAAAGUUUCUGCGUUUAAACGUAUCCCCUAUGGCGGAGAAAGCCCAGAAAACACUCAUUCUCCUAGCGAAUCUAAUCAAAGUUCCUCCACUGAAAGCCUUCUCUCUCUUGAAUCCAUCCAAUCUUCACGGAGUUCAACACACACACGAAUCAUUCUCAGUCCUCCUUCAUCUCCUUCUCUCUGGAAACUUACUCCCUCACGCUCAAUCUCUCCUACUUCAAGCGAUCACCAGAAGAAUCCACUCCCAAUCCUUCACUCCUUCCUCACUCUUACGGUACUUAACACAAUCAGAAACUUCAAAACCCAACUCUCGACUCUACGAAGUAAUCAUCAGUACAUGCAUCCAAUCUCAAUCCCUAGACUCCGCGGUCUCCUACUUCACCGAGAUGAUCGAUAAGGGUCUUGUCCCCGGAUGGAAUUGCUUCAACAAUCUCUUAACUUUCGUUGCGGGGUCGUCUUCUUUCGACGAGUUCUGGGCUUUCUUCAAUGAGAACAAGGGGAGAGUCGUUCUCGAUGUGUACAGCUUCGGGAUCGCGAUCAAAGCAUGUUGCGAAUCUGGUGAAAUCGACAAGAGCUUUCACCUUCUUGCUGAGUUGAGAGCAAAUGGGUUUUCACCAAACGUCGUUAUCUACACUACUUUGAUCGACGGGUGUUGCAAGAGAGGAGAGAUCGAAAAGGCCAAAGCUUUGUUUUUCGAAAUUGAGACGAUCGGGUUAGUGGCUAAUGAGCGUACUUACACGGUUUUGAUUCACGGGUUGUUCAAGAACGGGCUUACGAAACAAGGGUUUGAGACGUACGAGAAGAUGAAGGAGGAUGGGAUUUUACCCAAUCUCUACACUUACAACUGUGUGAUGAAUCAGCUUUGUAAAGACGGAAGAACGAAAGACGCGUUUAAAGUGUUCGACGAAAUGCGUGAGCGAGGGGUUUCGUGUAAUGUUGUUACUUACAAUACUUUAAUCGGUGGGUUGUGUAGAGAGAUGAAUGCGAGUGAAGCUUGUAGGUUGAUGGAACAUCUGAAGAGCGAUGGGAUCAACCCGAAUUUGAUCACUUACAACACUUUGAUUGAUGGGUUUUGUAACGUGGGGAAGUUAGGCAAGGCGUUGAGUUUGUGCAGAGAUCUGAAGUCUAGAGGUAUGUCUAUGUCUCUAGUCACGUAUAAUAUUCUAGUUUCUGGGUUUUGUAAGAAGGGAGAUACUUCAGGAGCAGCUAAGAUAGUUAAGGAGAUGGAAGAGAGAGGGAUUAAACCUUCGAAAGUUACAUACACGAUUCUCAUUGAUACGUUUGCUCGGUCUGAUAACAUGGAGAGAGCAAUCCAGCUUCGAACGUCGAUGGAGAGUUUAGGAUUAGUUCCGGAUGUUCAUACUUAUAGCGUGUUGAUUCACGGGUUUUGCAUCAAAGGUCAGAUGAACGAAGCAUCGAGGCUUUUUAGAUCGAUGGUCGAGAAGAAGGUAGAACCUAACGAGGUGAUCUACAAUACGAUGAUUCUUGGGUAUUGUAAGGAAGGUAGUUCUUAUAGAGCGUUGAGGUUGCUAAGAGAGAUGGGAGAUAAAGAGUUGGCUCCAAAUGUUGCUAGCUAUAGUUAUUUGGUUGACGUUCUUUGUAAAGAAAAAAAAUUGAAAGAGGCUGAGGAUUUGGUUGAGAAGAUGAUUGGUUCAGGGAUGUAUCCAUCUGCUUCAGUAUGUAAUAUGAUCUCUAGUGCCAAAAAUGGUUCGCUUAUAGCUCAAACAAAUGAUAAGAGCUGUUUAAAUGUGACUUAAAUUUACACUUCUUUUUUCA